AAAGUUGGUUUUUAACAAUGACUUUAAUGUUCUAAAAUAUUCUCUCUGAUUGCUUUUAGGUUACCUAGGGUGUGAAUUAAUACAGACUUGGAAACUGAAAGAACUUAGAAUCAGCAUUUUGAGAGCAGAAGCUUGGGCAUGCUGUGAUUUUCCAAUAAACUGCUAUCACAAUGUCAAAAUGCAGCUCGGACAACAGCAACACAGAGAUCUCAAACAUUAAAACGUAAGCUGCGCUAGAGCAAAAUGCAGUGAGAGAAGCACUGGAUGAAUGAAAGCCCUGCUUUGCAGCCCCUCAGCAUGGCGGGCCUGCAGCUCGUGACCCCUGCCUCCUCACCAAUGGGCCCUUUCUUUGGACUGCCAUGGCAACAAGAAGCAAUCCAUGAUAACAUUUAUACGCCAAGAAAAUACCAGGUGGAACUGCUCGAAGCAGCUCUGGAUCAUAACACCAUAGUCUGUUUAAACACUGGCUCAGGGAAGACGUUUAUUGCCGUACUACUCACUAAAGAGCUGUCCUAUCAGAUCAGGGGAGACUUCAACAGAAACGGAAAAAGGACGGUGUUCUUGGUCAACUCUGCAAACCAGGUUGCUCCACAAGUGUCAGCUGUCAGAACUCAUUCAGAUCUCAAGGUUGGGGAAUACUCAAGCCUGGAAGUAAAUGCAGCUUGGACAAAAGAGAAAUGGAACCAAGAGUUUACUAAGCACCAGGUUCUUGUUAUGACCUGCUAUGUCGCCUUGAAUGUUUUGAAAAAUGGUUACUUAUCGCUGUCGGACAUUAACCUUUUGGUGUUUGAUGAGUGUCAUCUUGCGAUCCUAGACCACCCCUACCGAGAAAUUAUGAAGCUCUGUGAAAACUGUCCAUCGUGUCCUCGUAUCUUGGGACUGACUGCUUCCAUUUUAAAUGGGAAAUGCGACCCCGAGGAAUUGGAAGAAAAGAUUCAGAAGCUGGAGAAAAUCCUCAAGAGUAAUGCUGAGACCGCAACUGACCUGGUGGUCUUGGACAGAUACACUUCUCAACCGUGUGAGAUUGUGGUGGACUGUGGGCCGUUCACGGACCGAAGUGGCCUCUAUGGCAGGCUGCUGCUGGAGCUGGAGGAGGCACUGAACUUUAUCAACGACUGUAACAUAUCUGUGCGUUCGAAAGAGAGAGAUUCGACUUCAAUUUCUAAGCAGAUACUGUCAGACUGUCGUGCCGUAUUGGUGGUCCUGGGCCCCUGGUGUGCAGAUAAGGUCGCUGGGAUGAUGGUCCGGGAGCUGCAGAAGUACAUCAAACACGAGCAAGAGGAGCUGCACAGGAAAUUUCUAUUGUUUACAGACACCUUCCUAAGGAAAAUCCAUGCACUAUGUGAAGAGCACUUCUCUCCUGCCUCACUUGACCUGAAAUUUGUAACUCCUAAAGUAAUAAAACUGCUCGAAAUCUUGCGCAAGUACAAACCGUAUGAGCGGCAGCAGUUCGAGAGCGUCGAGUGGUAUAAUAACAGGAAUCAGGAUAAUUACGUGUCCUGGAGUGAUUCUGAGGAUGAUGACGAGGACGAAGAGAUCGAAGAAAAAGAGAAGCCGGAGACCAAUUUCCCGUCUCCGUUCACCAACAUCUUAUGCGGGAUCAUUUUUGUGGAAAGAAGAUACACAGCAGUUGUCUUAAACAGAUUGAUAAAGGAAGCUGGCAAACAAGAUCCAGAGCUGGCUUACAUCAGCAGCAAUUUUAUAACUGGACAUGGCAUUGGAAAGAAUCAGCCUCGUAACAAACAGAUGGAAGCAGAAUUCAGAAAACAGGAAGAGGUACUUAGGAAAUUUCGAGCACAUGAGACCAACCUGCUUAUUGCGACAAGCAUUGUGGAAGAGGGUGUUGACAUACCAAAAUGCAACUUGGUGGUUCGUUUUGAUUUACCCACAGAGUAUCGAUCCUAUGUUCAAUCUAAGGGACGAGCAAGGGCACCGAUCUCUAAUUACAUAAUGUUAGCAGAUACAGACAAAAUAAAAAGUUUUGAAGAAGACCUUAAAACAUACAAAGCUAUUGAAAAGAUCUUGAGAAACAAGUGUUCCAAGUCCGUUGAUGCGGGUGAGACUGACGUUGAUCCUGUCGUGGAUGAUGACGAUGUGUUCCCGCCAUAUGUGUUGAGGCCCGAUGACGGUGGUCCGCGAGUCACGAUCAACACGGCCAUUGGACACAUCAACAGAUACUGUGCUAGAUUACCAAGUGAUCCGUUUACUCAUCUAGCUCCUAAAUGUAGAACUCGAGAGUUGCCUGAUGGUACAUUUUAUUCAACUCUUUAUCUGCCAAUUAACUCACCUCUUCGAGCCUCCAUUGUUGGUCCACCAAUGAGCUGUGUACGAUUGGCCGAAAGAGUUGUAGCUCUCAUUUGCUGUGAAAAACUGCACAAAAUUGGUGAACUGGAUGACCAUUUGAUGCCAGUUGGGAAAGAGACGGUUAAAUAUGAAGAAGAGCUCGAUUUACAUGACGAAGAAGAGACCAGCGUUCCAGGAAGACCAGGUUCCACAAAGCGAAGACAGUGCUACCCAAAGGCAAUUCCGGAAUGUUUGAGGGAUAGCUAUCCCAAACCCGAUCAGCCCUGUUACCUGUAUGUGAUAGGAAUGGUUCUGACGACACCCUUACCUGAUGAACUCAACUUCAGAAGGCGGAAGCUCUAUCCCCCUGAGGAUACCACCAGAUGCUUUGGAAUACUGACGGCCAAACCCAUACCUCAGAUCCCGCACUUUCCUGUGUACACGCGCUCCGGAGAGGUCACCAUAUCCAUUGAGUUGAAGAAGUCUGGUUUCACGUUGUCUCUCCAAAUGCUUGAGUUGAUCACAAGACUUCACCAGUAUAUAUUCUCUCAUAUUCUUCGGCUUGAAAAACCUGCACUAGAAUUUAAACCCACAGACGCUGAUUCAGCAUACUGUGUUCUACCUCUUAACGUUGUGAAUGACUCCAGCACUUUGGACAUUGACUUUAAAUUCAUGGAAGAUAUUGAGAAAUCUGAAGCUCGCAUAGGCAUUCCCAGCACAAAGUAUUCAAAAGAAACACCCUUUGUUUUUAAAUUAGAAGAUUACCAGGACGCAGUCAUCAUUCCGAGAUACCGUAAUUUUGAUCAGCCUCAUCGAUUUUAUGUAGCUGAUGUAUACACUGAUCUUACCCCACUGAGUAAAUUUCCUUCCCCUGAGUAUGAAACCUUUGCAGAAUAUUAUAAAACAAAGUAUAACCUUGAUCUGACCAAUCUCAACCAGCCACUGCUGGAUGUGGACCACACAUCUUCGAGACUUAAUCUUUUGACACCUCGCCAUUUGAAUCAGAAGGGGAAAGCCCUUCCUCUAAGCAGUGCUGAGAAGAGAAAAGCCAAGUGGGAAAGUCUGCAGAAUAAACAGAUCCUGGUUCCAGAGCUCUGUGCUAUACAUCCGAUUCCAGCAUCACUGUGGAGAAAAGCAGUCUGUCUCCCUAGCAUACUCUACCGCCUUCACUGCCUUCUGACCGCAGAGGAGCUAAGAGCCCAAACGGCCAGCGAUGCUGGCGUGGGAGUCCGAUCACUUCCCGUGGAUUUUAGAUACCCCAACCUAGACUUCGGGUGGAAGAAAUCUAUCGACAGCAAGUCCUUCAUCUCAAUUGCUAGCUCCUCUUGGGCUGAAAACGAUAAUUACUGUAAGCACAGCACAACUGUAGUCCCUGAAAAUGCUGCCCGUCAAGGUGCUACUAGAACCUCCUCUCUAGAAAAUCACGACCAAAUGUCUGUGAACUGCAGAACGCUCUUCGGUGAGUCACCCGGUAAGCUCCAGAUCGAAGCUUCGACAGAUCUCACGGCGACCAACGGUCUUUCGUACGAUAAAAACCUUGCCAAUGGCAGUUGCGAUUUGGCGAACAGAGACUUUUGCCAAGGAAAUCAUUUGAGUUACUACAAGCAGGAAAUACCUGUACAACCAACUACCUCAUAUCCCAUUCAGAAUUUAUACAGUUACGAGAACCAGCCCAAGCCCAGCGAUGAAUGUACUCUCCUGAGUAACAAAUACCUUGACGGAAAUGCUAACACAUCUACCUCAGAUGGAAGUCCCGCAGCGGCCACGACGCCCGGUACUAACGAAGCUGUUCCCGCGCCCCGGGACGGGAGGGCUUCUGCGCAGAGCCCUUGUCCCGGCUACUCCUCGAGGACUCUUGGCCCGAACCCUGGACUCAUUCUGCAGGCUUUGACCCUUUCAAAUGCUAGCGAUGGGUUUAACCUGGAGCGGCUUGAAAUGCUUGGUGACUCCUUUCUAAAGCAUGCCAUCACCACGUACCUGUUUUGCACUUACCCCGACGCGCACGAGGGCCGCCUUUCCUAUAUGAGAAGCAAAAAGGUCAGCAACUGUAAUCUGUAUCGGCUUGGAAAAAAGAAGGGACUGCCCAGCCGCAUGGUGGUGUCCAUAUUUGAUCCCCCCGUGAAUUGGCUUCCUCCUGGUUAUGUAGUAAACCAAGACAAAAGUAAUACAGAUAAAUGGGAAAAAGAUGAAAUGACAAAAGACUGCAUGUUGGCUAAUGGCAAACUGGACCAGGACUUUGAGGAGGACGAUGAGGAGGGGGAGGAUCUGACGUGGAAGGUUCCAAAGGAGGACGCCGACGACGAAGAUGAUUUCCUGGAGUAUGAUCAGGAACAUAUCAAAUUCAUAGAUAACAUGCUAAUGGGAUCAGGAGCUUUCGUAAAGAAAAUUUCUCUUUCUCCUCUCUCAGCCACUGAUUCUGCAUACGAAUGGAAAAUGCCCAAAAAAUCCUCCUUGGGUAGCAUGCCAUUCUCCUCAGAUUUCGAGGACUUCGACUAUAGCUCUUGGGAUGCCAUGUGCUACCUGGAUCCCAGCAAAGCCGUCGAAGAGGAUGACUUUGUGGUGGGGUUCUGGAACCCGUCGGAAGAGAACUGUGGCGUCGACACAGGGAAACAGUCCAUCUCUUACGACUUGCACACCGAGCAGUGCAUCGCAGACAAAAGCAUAGCCGACUGUGUGGAGGCCCUGCUGGGCUGCUAUUUGACCAGCUGCGGGGAGAGGGCUGCCCAGCUGUUCCUCUGCUCCUUGGGGCUCAAGGUGCUCCCGGUAAUUAAAAGGACUGAUCGGGAAAAGGCCAUGUGCCCCGCCAGGGAGAAUUUCAACAGCCAACAAAAGGCCCUUUCAGGGAGCCGGGCCGCCGCCUCGGUGGCCGGCCCGCGCUCCUCCGUCCUGAAAGACUUGGAGUACGGUUGUUUGAAGAUUCCACCACGAUGUAUGUUUGAUCAUCCGGACGCAGAUAAAACACUGAAUCACCUGAUAUCGGGUUUUGAGAAUUUUGAGAAGAAAAUCAACUACAGGUUCAAGAACAAGGCUUACCUUCUGCAAGCUUUUACACAUGCCUCCUACCACUACAAUACUAUCACUGAUUGUUACCAGCGCCUGGAGUUCCUGGGAGAUGCGAUUUUGGACUACCUCAUAACCAAGCACCUUUACGAAGACCCGCGGCAGCACUCCCCGGGCGUCCUGACCGACCUGCGGUCCGCGCUGGUCAACAACACCAUCUUCGCGUCGCUGGCGGUCAAGUACGACUACCACAAGUACUUCAAAGCCGUCUCCCCCGAGCUCUUCCACGUCAUCGACGACUUCGUGCAGUUCCAGCUGGAGAAGAACGAGAUGCAGGGCAUGGACUCGGAGCUCAGGAGGUCUGAGGAGGACGAAGAGAAAGAAGAGGAUAUUGAAGUUCCAAAGGCCAUGGGGGACAUUUUCGAGUCACUUGCUGGUGCCAUUUACAUGGAUAGUGGGAUGUCCUUGGAGAUGGUCUGGCAGGUGUACUAUCCUAUGAUGCGGCCGCUGAUAGAAAAAUUUUCGGCAAAUGUGCCCCGCUCCCCUGUGCGAGAAUUGCUUGAAAUGGAACCAGAAACUGCCAAAUUUAGCCCGGCUGAGAGAACGUACGACGGCAAGGUCAGAGUCACGGUGGAAGUGGUGGGGAAGGGGAAAUUUAAAGGCGUCGGCCGAAGCUACAGGAUUGCCAAGUCCGCGGCAGCAAGAAGAGCCCUCCGCAGCCUCAAAGCCAAUCAACCUCAGGUUCCCAACAGCUGAAGCCCCUUUUUAAAGUGAAAAACACAAAAAAAGCAGAAUUAAGGGGAAAACCAUUGAAAUUGACAAGGGUGACUUCAAGUCGGUAGUGAGCGGAAUGAAUCGAAGGCAGAAUUUAAAGGUUGUUUGAUAACAAGCUAGAUUACAGAAUAAAACAUUUAACAUAUGUAUAAAAAUUUUGGAGCUAACUGUAGUUUUAGUUUUUUGCGCAAACACAAUCUCGUCUUCUUUCCUCACUUCCGCUUUGUUCAGAUCACAAGAGUGCUUUAAUGAUGACAUUUGGCAAGUGUUCAAAAUAAUUAUCGGCAGUUCUCUUUUUGUUUGGGGUUUUUGUUUUUGUUUUUGUGUUAACCUAGUUUCAUUUCUGUCAGCUUCGCUUAGUGGUAGGAGGCCAAGGAGCUUUACGGCUGAGACGGCCCCUGGAUUCCGUGGGGCGUCCUCCCCUCCUCAGCGUGGGCACCGGCACGGGUCCCCCGGUGGCCCAUGCGCCCAGGAGAAUGGUGCGGUUUGCCAGAGGAGAAGAGUGCCCGCACCGUCCUUUCUUUCCAUGCCCUGUCAUAUAAGACGAUGUCUCCCGGUCGCCGUUGCACUUAAUAUAGAGUAAGGGACAGGUUUUUCAUUAACGUUGGCUGGCACGUUGGUGAAUCAAAUUUUCGUUUUCUCAUGCCACGUAGUCUUGAAUAGAAAAAGGUUCUCGCCUUAAAAGUAAAGCCCUCAUGGAUGUCCUUUUGAUUUCCGAUCCUUUUGGAACAAACUAUUUUACAUUCCCUUCAUUUUAUUGUGCAUUUAAGAUGUCGAGACCGUGUGAUACUUGCAACUCACUAGUGUGGUUGUGACUUAUUACAGGAUUAUAUUAGCGUUUCUGUCGUAUGUGUCCCGAAGGCAUCUUGAAAACCAGAAUAGAUAUGUAGUCUCUGGAUUUUUUCUAAGCACCAUAAUAAAAAGGAUCUUUGGCUAAAUACCCAGUUUUACUAAAAACCUCCUGCUAGGUAGCUUCACUGAUGGAAAUUGUGGCAAACAGUUUUGCCCUGUAGGCUGUUGCUCUAACCAGAUAACCUUUAGACAUAUCACACCUAAAAUAUGCUGCAGAUUUUAUAAGUGAUUGGUUACUUAUUUAAAGAAGCAAAACAAAGCACCUUUACCGUUAGUCUCUUCUCACGUCAAUGUCUUACUGUACUUUUCACAGUGUUGCAUGCAGAUCUCACCUACCAAAGCCGUGCUGUUAAUGCCAUGGAAAUGUAACGUUUGUGAUAAACUGCCGUAAUUUUGAUACAUCUGUGAUUUAGGUCAUUAAUUUAGAUAAACUCAUUCUUUCCAUCUUUGGAAAAGGAAAAAAAAAGAAAAAAAAAACAUUUUUAGGCAUUUGCCGAAGUUUCUUUAAUUAGACCUGUAGGCACUCUUCACUUAAAUACCUCAGUUUUUCUUUUCUUUUGCAUGCAUUUUUCCCGUGUUUGGUGCUAUGUUUAUGUAUUAUGCUUGAAAUUUUAAAUUUUUUUUUUUUUUUUUUUUUUUUUUUUUUGCACUGUAACUAUAAUACCUCUUAAUUUACCUUUUGAAAAGCUGCAGGUCAGUCCUGCACUCCCACCGACACACCAGUAGAGGUUUGCUGCAAUUUGCUCUGUUAAUUAUGCUUGAAGUUUAAGAAAGCCGAGCAGAGGUGUCUAAUGUUUUCCAGCACAUCAUCCUGAACUUGAUGCUUCAUGUAAUGCUGCGUUUUUGUUUUUAAAUACACUCAGAUACUGUA